AUGCUUGACGGUGAUGAAAAGUUGGGGGGAUCUCGACCUCGACAAAUGCAUAAAAUCAAAGAAAAAAAAGAGUCCAAAGCCCUUACUUCAUUGAUAAGUUUUUGUCCCAAUUUUUCUGUCCAUCCCAUUUAUGAUUUACCGGUGUCAUCUGAAGUUCCCUCGCUUGUUCCCGUGGUAAUGCCAGUGCGAAAAUGGUACAUGUGGAGCAUGCUACCAUAUCACGCCAGACGGCCUACUCAGCGGGGAUUCUUUCCUAGAGCCCCAAACCCUAGCUUGGCUGCUGGCUGGCGAGACUUUGUUGGACUGGCCAUUAUUCUUUGGUUCAAUUCCAAUCGAAAUCUACACAGGGGCCCACUCGCGGGUCCCGGAUCUCGAAUUCCUAAUGCCCUCGUUCGUGCAAUCUUGACCUUGACCAGCGUCACUAUUGGAAGAGCGCAGGUCAAAGAUCACGAUACCAUCGAUUUAUGUGGAGUGGCUUUCCUGGCGAUCCGAAUCCACGCAGCAGGUACUCGAGAGUCGAGUAUGGAGUAUGACAAUGCUAUUAUUCCGCAGGCUCAAAGUUCAACGAUUUGA